AUGUCUGUUGCAGUGACAAAGAUUAACAAUAACUCAGUCCUAACUUUUAAUGGACUACUUAACAUUUUAUCUGCAGAGGAGGACUCCAUUAAUUAUGAAGAAUCGAAAAAAUUAUUAAAUUCAUAUUCUACAAUCCUAUCUAGUGGGGCUUUUCCCUAUGUAAAUACUGAAACUGGGUUGCAGAAGAUUCAAACAGGUGAAUACAGGCAAUAUACUGAGUUUAUUGCUGAAAAAUUGAGUUUAGAUGCAUCAAAGGUGAAUGAUUUGAUAAACCAUUUUGCUAAGAAUGUUCAGUCAGGUAAUAAUAACGAUUCCGUAUCAACGUCUAUUGCAUCUUCUUCUGCAUCUUUUUUAACCUCUGAGAAAAAUCUUCUUUCUUAUUUUUUGACGAUGGUUAUGCAGCAACAAGCAAUGUAUUUUCAAGUUUCUCUUGAAGUUUUAAAUUCUCAGAAGGCUUUACUUCAGCCGUUGAAAAACAAAAUUACUUCGAAUGGACACAACAUAAUAGAUAAACUAAUUGAUGAUAUAUCAUACAUAGAAGUGACCAAAUUGAAAUUGGAUAUUCAUUCGAAGACAGAAUAUACAUUUACUAAUCCUGAUAUCUUUAUUUCUAACAGUUUGGAUAAUAUUCUCAUUGAUAUGUUAAACUAUUUUGUGCAUAUUUUAUUAAAGUCAGAAAAGGGGUUUAUGACAUCGUCGAUUACUAAAUGGUUUGCAUUAUUAGGAAAAACAAAGUCAUUUUCAAGUUUUCUGGCAGAUUCAUCAGAUGAUAGGAAAGCCACUGUUGAAGCUCUUUCAACAUUGAUUACCCUAUUGUUUUUAGACUUAGAAUCUAAUUUUGGAAGCACUGAUAAUGAUUCAUUGUUUAUUUCUGAUCCUAAUAACCUUAUCAAAAUAACAGAUAUUGUGAUGACUUCCAGCUUCAACCCAAUUAUUAUGUAUGCUUGGUCAAUCAUUUUACACAGACAACAUGUUUUGCUUCUGGCUAAUCCAGGAAACAAAUCAGCCAUUGAAUAUCAAAGAAAGUUGGUUGAAGGAGGUAUGAAAAAUAUUGAAGUAACAUAUCUUUUUCUAGUUGACGAGGCAUUAAAAAUGGAUGUCUGUCAUGCGUUGGUUAAGAAUAAUGACUUGAUUUCAUACGAUCCUCUCUUUCCAAGCAUUUUAGGUUGUUUUGUUAAUGCGUUUAUCGGGUACGUUGAACCAACACAUGAAAUAAUCACCACUAUAGCCUCAAUCAUGAGGAAGUCGUCUAAUAAAGUGAUUGAGAAAUUUUUUGGUAAUCCAUUUACUGAAGAAUUACUGAUUCUUCUGAAAGCAAAGAUGCCUUUAACCUUGAACUCAUACUUGGAAAUCAUAUCCAUAAACUCUAAUUUAGCAGUUGAAGAAUUGAGAUCGUUGCCUUCUUAUAUGUGUGAGGUUAACUCUUCAACUUUUAAUCAGGUCUAUGAAAUUAAUGACCAACAACCCGAAUUAAUCAAGCUUACUGCGGAUAUUGAAGUCGAUUUACCAUUCGAAGACAACAAAAAUGCUUCACUUCUAGUCAAGAGAGGCUCUAAUGCACAAAUUGUAUCUACCAAGGGGGGCAAGCAUCUAGUUUUGUUCAUUUAUGAGUAUAAUGGGUGGUCCUUACUUGGAAGAAUAUUAAAAACCUUAACUUCGAGAAUAUCAAGUGAUAGACCAGACAUGAGGAUCACUCGUAAUACGAUUUUGAAAAAUUUGAGUUACAUACUUGAAGAUCUUGAUCCAAAGCUCGUUAAUCUAAUUUUCAAGGCAAUGGACACGUUCGUUGGUGAUGAAGAUACUAUCAGCUUAGUUUUUAGAAUAUGCGAUCAAGCGCUACUGUUGAGUGACCCGGAGCUAUUGUGUGAGUGCUUCAAACUAUUUGACAUUCUCUGUCAUAAUGGAUACGCUUAUCGUAUUUGGUCGUAUAUAUAUAAAUCAGAUGUUUUCAGCUUUAAGAUCACUGGUGGCCUUGCUUACGAUACUCUAGAAAAGGCAGAGAUUCCUUCAGAGAGUUACUGCUUUACUCGUGCAUUGUUGAAAUUAGGGAAUACAUUAGUUGGUCUGUCACUUUUGGAUGACGAAUCCAUUAACAGGCAUUUGAAAGCUCAAGUUGUAAAUUACUACACAGAUUUCUCUAUUAAAAUUUUAGAAAAUUUUACAAGUUGGAAAUACUCUGAUGAAGCAGAAAAGAUUGAAAUUGGGAAUCUUGCUGUUUCAUUCUUUAAUUAUAUUAUUGAUUUGGAGAUUGAAUUACCAUCAAAGUCACGCCAAAAACUCCUCUCUGUAUUUGAAUACAGCACUAAAAAAAUUGUUGAUCACUUUCUAAUUUCUGAGUUGAACGAUACCAGAACUGUGAAACCAGUAUUGGAUACUAUCAAUUUAUUAUCACAAGCAACUCAUCAGUACAGUAAAACGGGCAAAUUAGGCAAAAAAUUUAAUAUCUGGGUUUCCUGUUCGUUUAAAAUAGUCACUUCAUUGGUUAGAUUACGCUCUUCAAUAAGAAAUGAUGUUCCAUCGAAUUUAGAAAAGGCCUUAUUUUCUGACUUAUCAAACAUUGUCAAUGCUUACACAGUUGAUUUCGUGCAUAAAGUUCCGAUUAUUAAUACAUUGUCCGCUUUGGUAAAGGGCAAAUGGAAUGAAAGCCAGCCUUCAAUGUUGGCUCAUAUGAACUCAGAGAUGGCGAACGUUUUAUUAAAUACCGUUUAUGAGGAUAUUUUGAGUGAGGAAUCCCCUGUUGAAUUAAAAGUAUCUCUAUUCAAAUUUAUUGAGGCUGUAAUGCAAAAUAAUCAGAAGGGAUUAUCUUUGUUUAUGAUCAGUGGAACAUCGAUAUUAAACGGGAAGUUGAGUAUGGUUCUAGGUGAUCGGUCGUUACUUCAAUUAUUGAAAGCAGAACUAUGUAAGAUUGGUAAUUAUGGAUCGGAAUAUACAUACUACAUGUUAUCUGCUAUUUCUGCAUGUAUCAGUGUGUGGAUGAGUGUUUCCGAUGAUUCGAAUGAUCUUCAAUUCAUUGAAACAUUGAUCAAACUAAUCGAAAAACAAUCCGAAAAGAAUCAAGAGACUAUGAGCUUGAUGGAAACUGAGAAUUUGGCAAAGGCAGUCGAAAUCACAUCACUGUACUUGUUUGUUUCAAACGGGAAAAAUAAGUCUUGCGAGGAAAAGAUUUUUAACUUGCUCAACUCUUCCACUUUCAUUAAGAUAUUACCCCUAAAGUUUAGAUUAAAAGCGAAUGAUAACACAUUAACUAAGUCUCUUAAAUUGAGAAUUGAAAAAAUGUUUUCGGGGAAAGUUAGCCUUUCUGAUUUACAACGGUCUGCACCGUUGUCUUUAACAGAAAAUAUAUAUGAUGAAAGCCUACUUACAACUGUUGCAAAACAUAAAACCGACGAAUUAGAAAAAUUGUUAAUUGAUUUGAGGGCCCAGACGAUUGCGUUGAAGCUAACUCAAGCUCGAAUCAACCUGGUAAAGGCUCUUGGUGGGCUUAUUACUUGCUAUUUCAACGUGAAUGCUCCGGGUAUUCCAACAGAGUACUCUCAUUUUGCCGCUUCGUUGCUGAAGAUCAACUACGAGGAAAGUGGAUUAUGUGUUGUAAGUGAAGAUGUUUAUAAGGGCAGAAUCCAACUAACAUUUUUGAUUCUUUUAACAUUGAGUAACUCAAAAAAACCCAUUGAAGAAUCUACAGUCAGUUCUAUCUUGGCUUUUUCUCUAAGAUUACUGGAAAGUAAAGAAAUCAAUCUGACUCAAGGUUUAGUUAGUGAAAAUGUUGAAUAUUACAAGCCAAUAUUGAGAAUUCUUUUAAUUACGUUAGGUAUGAUCGAUUCGCCCGAAUUUUUAUCUCAAUCGUCCACGGUUCUGGUAGACAUCUUCAAGAAUAUCAUUUGCAAAUCAAUUUCUAUUUUGUUCAACAAUAUCAGAAAUUAUGCUUUGUCAGUUCCCAACUCCCAGUUCAUCGACAAUCAACUAUUGAUGAAGCAAAUUGAUGAUAUCAUGAUUUUCUUGUCGUUAACUCGAGUAUUUUUGAAGUUGAAGUUCAGCGAUAGGUUGGAUUCUAACUUUGCUAAAAUCUUGAUUGAUUCAGGAGCCUACCGAGCUGUUGCACAGAUGUUUACAUCGUCACAUCUAAUCAAGAUGAACAAUGAAGAAAUAUUCAUUGACUUUUCAGUUUAUUUUCUCUCUGAAUUUAUUCAAAGGAAAAGUAUAGCAGAGAGAUUGGUACAGAAUGGCAUUUUCCAUUUGCUAACGGAAUCUCCUGUCGCCUUGAUAAUACAAAAAGGGCAGGUUUCUCCAUAUUCGAGUAAAUUAAUUAUUUCAAGAUUACAUAGACUGUGGGUCAAAAAUUUGCUACCAAUUGUUUUGACUCUAGCUGCGCAUUUUGGAGAAAAGGUUCAAUUUAUGAUUUGCAAGUUUGCUCUGGCGUACAAGAAGCAAUUUCAGUAUACGAUUCAUUCAUGGCUUGAAAAGGAUAGUUUUGUUGGGAUCACGAUAAUUGAGGAAACAGAACAGUUGAUUGUUCUUGCUAAAAUCUUGAACAGUUUAGAGUGCUACAAUUAUGUCAGUGUAGAAUUAGGAAAGGACAUUGAAACUGUAGCACUUGUUCCAGGGCUAGACACGUUACAAGAAAGGAAGAAUUUUGUGAAUGCAUUGAACUAUUUACUUACCCAUCCAAAAUACUUGUCGUUGAAGGUCAGAACUAUAGAUGGCAAAACCACUCUUGAGGAACUUACGGAAGCACUCAAGUCUUUGAAAGAUUCUCUUUUAGAAUAG